AUGUGUGGAAUAACGGCCAUCGUCGGCUUGAGUCGGGAUAAGGUGACGCAUGCCACAAAUGGUACCAACGGCAUCAACGGUACCAAGGGUUUCAAUGGUAUCAACGGCUUUAAUGGUGCCGACGGGAACGUCAAUCUAAAUGGAGAGGUUACAUGUGGGCCCUGCUUACACCACGAGCUUCGCAGCCAACUAGAUCAAAGCCUCGAGACCAUCGCCCACAGGGGACCUGAUGCUUCUGGGGCAUGGAUACGCCGCGACGGUGCUAUUGGUCAGUCGCAUACGAGAGCCCCCACAAAAGCUGCUGCCAGCCCAAGUAUAGAAUGGCCCAAGUAUAGAAUGGCCUUUGGUCAUAGGCGACUGGCCAUCAACGACCUGUCUCCGGAUGGCGUGCAGCCCAUGCACAGCGACGACGGCAAAAUUCACGCCGCGGUCAACGGGGAAAUUCACGAUCAUGACGCCAUCCGGGACCGCUGCAUCAAGGACCAUGGGUACAGAUUCAAGGGUCACUGCGACAGCGAGGUGCUGAUUGCUCUUUACAAGAUUUAUGGCGCGCCCCAGUUGUUGGACCACGUGCGAGGUGAGUUCGCCUUUGUCAUUUUGAUGAGAGAGAUGGGCGAGUCAUUGCUGCGAGGGACCGGUUCGGCAUUAAGCCCAUGUUUUGGACAAUACAAGGAGAAGAUUCCAGCAAGCGGUUGCUGUUCAGCUCCGAGAUGA